AUGGCAUAUAACAAAUGUAUCGUACAUUCUCUUUUAGAACCGUUUAAAAUAAUAACAGUAACUGAUGGAUGUAUUGUACAUAAUUCAAAAUAUCAAUCAAAAUUUAAGAAUGCUAUUAGUUUGAUUCGACGUGGAAAGAAAUAUAAAAAUUCUAUUUAUUAUGAAUUACCUAAACGAUGUUGUUCAUGUAAUGGGAAAAAAGGUUUGAAUGUGAUUGAUCUUAAUGUAUUAAUUAAUAUAUGUGAUGAAAUUUCAUUAGUUAAAGAACGAAUAAUUCAAGAAUGGAAAGAAGCAAAUAUUGAACCUAUUGAUUUAUUUGAACCUUAUCAUUUCUUAUCUCUUUUAUUCGAAUCAGAAAUUUCUCUUCAAGAACGCCGAAGAAAAAUUGGUCGUUUUAUUGGAAAAAAUGGUCAACAUAUACGUGAUUUACAAGAUAAAUAUAAUAUUCGUAUACAAAUAGAAGAUCAAUCUUCUUCUCGAAAGAUUAUUCAGAAGAAAUUUGCUAAAAUACAAGAUAAAGACAAAUUAGAUAAACUUUAUUUAUUAAUCACGAAUAAAAACAAAAUAAUAACGAAGAAGAUUCGUAUUGAUAUGAUUGAAGAAGACAUAAAUAAACUAUGGGAAAAGGAAGAAGAAAUUAAUGAUCUUAAUCAUAAUCGAUCAUCGGAGUUAAACUUUUAA